AUUUUUCUCUAACGGCUACAACACCAAAAAAUCUUCAACACAAUCUAGUAACUAACGACACAAUCUUAAUUCAUGGAUUCUUCCACUUCUACCCCUCACCAUCACCACCGUUCAUCGGAACGCCGAACCACAACUACAUCGCCAUCGCCUCUGUCUCUUCUUCGAUCUCCAACUAACUGUCUUCCCCUCAGAGAGCUUCUGCUCAUGUCUCCUCCAUCAUCGAGGAAAUCCAAGCCGCGAUUCGAUGAAGAGCUGCAGGAGUCGCCGGGUGUUAGACGAAGGUGCAAGAGCCGAGGGGCGGCUCUGUCUUCUCCAAGAAACUCUUCUCGAAGAUCGAGGAGGCGUUUAGAGGUUGAGGUUAGGGAAGAGAAAGAGAAUGUGUUGGUGGAUGAGGUUGGAAAACUGAAGAAAAGAAGACACAAAAAGGAUAGACACAGUUUGGUACCUUUUCAAUCACCAAAAGCUGAAGAAGAGAAUGGAGGUGACUUUGAUCGCAUUGGAAUGUUGAUUACUGAAUUAAUUAUGUGGAAAGAUGUAUCAAAAUCAAGCUUUUGGUUUGGUUUUGGAUCACUUUGUUUCUUAUCUUCUUGCUUCACUAAAGGGUUCAAUUUUAGCAUUUUCUCUGCUAUCUCACAAUUGGCAAUUCUGUUUUUGGCUGUUUCAUUUUUCUCAAAUUCAGUUUGUCAACAAAGAGGAAAAGCUAAGCCAAGGGGUUAUGUUAAUCUGAAAGAAGAUGAUAUUUUAAGUCUUGCGAAAUUGAUUCUUCCUAUGUUGAAUUUUGCAAUUUCAAAGGCCAAGGAGCUGUUUUCUGGAGAACCAUCCAUGACCCUGAAAGUAGCUCCUUUGCUUCUACUAGGAGCUGAGUACGGACAUUUUAUUACAAUUUGGAGGCUAAGUGCCAUUGGAUUUUUUGUCAGCUUCACUGUACCAAAGCUUUAUUCUUGCUAUUCCGGUCAGAUCAACCAGCGAGCUGAGUGCUUGAAAUUGCGAUUGUUGGACACAUGGAUUGCUUGCAGUUACAAGAAGAUUGUGGUCGCAUCGGCACUUAUUACCUUUUGGAAUCUAUCUUCGAUAAAGACUCGAAUCUGCACAGCAUUUUUACUGCUUGUAAUAUUCAGAUAUUUUCGACAAAAUGUCACGCAACAAGUAGAAGAUGGAGAAGCACAAGCAGAAGACAAGGAACAACAGCAGGCAUUGUUGGCUGCAGAACCAGAGGAAGAGGAACCACAGCAGGCACUACUAGUGGUUGCAGAACAGCAGCGCAAGCACUAGGAGUUCAUGCAGCCAUUCCUUGACAAUUAACACGAAUAUAUAUCUUACAUCCAGAAAUAAGACAUUUCUUUGUAGGUUGGUGAAAAGAAAAAAUAUUUGCUCAAGAUCUAUAAUCAAAGCAUUUUAAGUAGUUGUAGUUGGCUUAUUGCACAAACUGAUCGAAGUUAGUGCAUAGUAUAUUCAUUCAUUUCAUGACAUUUGUAUCUAGCAGCCAUAUAUAGGCCAUUUAUUUGUAAUAGAUAUUUUAAAAUAAUAAAAAAAAGCGUUCGAUUUAA